AUGUCAGAUACAAAAGGUUGCCAAGCACUUCUCGACGAGGCUGCUGCCCAUAACGUAUCCGGUCACGCCACCACCUCCCAGAACGCACUCGAGGACUCGACCGCCAAGAAUAAACGCCGGGUCAUGUCCAGAUUGGAUGUUCUCCUCGCCCACGAACACGGCAUGACUGUCACCAUCCCUUGCAAGGAGAGCGACACAAUUGAAACUGUUCUCAAGUGGAUCCGGAACAAGCUAGGCAUCAACCUGGACGACUUGUACCAAGACGAUCUCUACGUGGACGGACGCCUCAUUCGGUCCAAGGACCAGACGAUUGGCGACUCCCGGAUCUUUGGCCACGUGCUUACCUACCACCACCACAUCAAGAACCCGUCCGUAAUCUACAUCAGGAUGCCUUCGGGCAAGGUCCUCGAGGUCAUCUGUGGGUUGGACAUGCAGGCGGAGGAUUUCAAGUACGCCAUCGAGGAAAGGACAGGCUCCUCGCAUGAUAGUGUGCGUCUGGUAUACAAAGGCGAGCAGCUCGGGGGCAAGAUCACGUUGGCUGAGUAUGGCAUCCAUUUGGGAUCCACCAUCGUUCUUUUGUUCAGGCAAGGAGGUCGACAGUUCGCCGAUAACCGCAUCACUUUCAACACCAUUCUCGAUGCCCCUGGAGCUCACCCUGGUGAGCUGACCCCGACAUGGGGUCCAUUUGACUGCAAGGGCAUCUACGUCGAAUAUCGUUGCCCCUGUUCGCCAGAAAAGGUCCAUGUAUAUCCAGGCUCGGACCUCUUUGAGCUUUCCAAGUUCUCUUCGUAUUGUGGGCAGUGCAACCAGCGUGACAGUGCGACAUUUGUGGGUGUCGGAUUCGUCGAGUGCCAGUACCGGUUCUUUGGGAUAAGGAACACAGGAGAGCAGGUCUCAUGGGGGUGGAAGAGUACCGAGGGAAACCGGUAUGCGCGCCUGGACCGGGGAGAGAUGUUGACAGGUUGGAGAAGGUUAAUCUUUGAGUCAGCAAAGAUGCACGAGGUUGACAACUGUUCGAUCUGCUUAGUUGAACUUAAUAAGCUGGCGGUUCUGCGUAUCGAAAAAGGCGAGACUGAAAUCCUUCAACGUCCUAAAGCCCGAAAAGUCAGUUUGGCCUGA